AUGUUCAAACUAGGAAAUGAGAAAGAAAGGGCCGCCUUAUGAUAGAUAACAACAGAUACACUAUGUGUCUCGUCUGCAUCACACUUUGCCAGCAUCACGAUGCUCACGCUCUUGGAUCACGUGUCGUGUGACCGUUUUUGAAUGUGGCUCAACAUCUCCUCGUGCAUCAACACAUCCAGUUCACAGUCCGCAUUCCCUGUGGGUAUUGUGAGCUUUUCUUUAGGACGCGUCUUUCCCCCUACGUGGCCCCAGGUUGCAUUUAGAGUUGCUGAAGCGCUUUCCUCCCUCUCACAUGCAGGAAAAACACCGGAAGCGAAAGAGAGAAACGUGUUGAAGUUUAGUCUUUUUUUUUGUUUGUUGUUGUUCGUUUUAAAUAACUAGCAGCGAUGCACUUCCAAAUAAAACACUUGCUGCGCCCGAAUCUCCGAGUCUCUAUUCCGCGCAAGAAGACACUCGGGAGGACCGUCUCAGCGGCACAACAAUGUGGCGCGAGGGCAGCGGGCUCGCGCGCCUCUGCAGACUUCCAGAAGUAUUUCUCCCCGCAGUACUGCAGAAACUAUGCGUCCGACUCGGCGUACGGCAGAGCCGUCGCCUCGGCGAGGGACGACCCCGGGACAUACUGGGGUGAGGUGGGACAGGAUAUUACCUGGUUUGAGCCGUGGAGCAAAACUUUGCACGUUGAGGAUCCAGUGUUUCCAAACUGGUUUGUUGGAGGGAAGUUGAACAUGUGCUACAAUGCUGUGGAUCGACACGUUGAAAGUGGUCGUGGAGAGCAGCCUGCCAUCAUUUAUGACAGCCCGGUGACGGGAACCAAGCAGUUUAUCACUUUCAGGGAACUUCAGGACCAGGUGUCCAGGUUAGCAGGUGUCCUGGUGAAGAAUGGCGUCCAGAAGGGAGACCUGGUGGUCAUCUACAUGCCCAUGGUGCCACAGGCCAUGUUCACCAUGUUGGCCUGCGCACGGAUCGGUGCCCCUCACAGCCUCAUCUUCGGCGGCUUCGCCUCCAAAGAGCUUUCUGUCCGCAUCGAUCACGCCAAGCCCAAGCUGAUGGUUACAGCGUCAUUUGGCAUCGAGCCAGGCCGAAAAGUGGAGUACAUCCCUCUGGUGGAGAAAGCCUUAGAGCUGAGCUCUCACAGGCCCUCAAAAGUCCUCAUCUACAACCGGCCUAACAUGGAAAAAGUAUCAAUGAGUCCGGAGUUGAGUCUGGACUGGGACGAGGAGAUGGCCACAGCUCGUCCGCAUGACUGCGUUUCUGUUCCCUCCAACCACCCUCUCUACGUCCUCUAUACAUCCGGGACCACUGGAACACCAAAGGGUGUUGUGCGAGACACUGCCGGCUAUGCUGUGAUGCUGAAAUGGACCAUGUCAAAUAUUUAUGGACUCAGUCCUGGAGAUGUUUGGUGGGCGGCGUCCGACCUGGGCUGGGUGGUCGGCCACUCAUACAUCUGCUAUGGUCCUCUGCUCCAUGGUAACAGCACAAUCCUCUACGAGGGUAAGCCCGUCGGGACGCCAGACCCCGGGGCCUUCUUCCGCGUCCUGUCCGAACACGGAGCCGCCUCCAUGUUCACGGCGCCCACCGCCAUCCGAGCCAUCCGCCAGCAGGACCCUCAUGCUGCGAUGGGGAGGAAACACCCCCUCUCCAGGUUGCGGUCGUUAUUUCUGGCUGGCGAGCGCUGCGAUGUGGAGACGCUGGAAUGGACCAAAAGGACCUUUGGGGUUCCCGUCCUGGAUCACUGGUGGCAGACUGAAACCGGCUCAGCCAUCACCUCCUCAUGUAUCGGUCUGGGGAACUCACUCACGCCCCCUGCAGGUCAGGCUGGCAAACCUGUUCCCGGUUACAAUGCCCCUGCGAAAGGAGCAUUUCAUAUUUCCGCUUCUCCAGCGGAGCGCUGCACCGUCUCUGAAUACGAAUUGCUCGCUCUUCCCUCUCCACUAGUCACCGUGAUCGACGAUGACAUGCAGGAGGUGAAGCCGAGAACCCUGGGAAACAUUGUGGUGAGACCGCCCUUACCUCCCGGUGCAGCGUUGUCACUGUGGCAGAACCAGGCUCUGUUCAAGGAGCUCUACUUCACCAAGUUCCCAGGUUAUUAUGACACCAUGGACGCAGGUUUCAUGGAUGAGGAGGGUUUCCUUUACAUCAUGUCCCGGUCUGAUGAUGUCAUCAACGUGGCGGGCCACAGGCUGUCAGCCGGAGCAUUGGAAGAGUCAGUGCUGCAGCACCCUGCAGUUGCAGACUGUGCUGUGGUGGGUCUGGAGGACGCGCUGAAGGGUGUUGUUCCUUUGGCCCUGUGUGUACUCAAGAAUGGUGUGCAGAAAAACGAAGAGGAGAUCAUCAAUGAGAUGGUGAAGCUUGUGAGAAACACCAUCGGACCGGUGGCUGCCUUUAAGAAAGUGCUUUUUGUCCAAGGAUUGCCAAAAACGCGCUCUGGCAAGAUCCCUCGCUCCUCUUUAGCUAACCUCGUCAACGGAAAGUCUUACAAGAUCACUCCCACCAUCGAGGACCCAGAAGUGUUCAAAGACAUUGAGAGGCGGGUAGAAAAAGCCCUGAGAGUUCGUGGAGCUUGAACUUCCAUGUUGGAUGAUAAAGAAAUCUCCGGUCGGAUACUUUGGCAAGAUGUGUGAAGUAUGUUCAUGCAGUGAAUCCGGUGCUGCAGAUGGGAACUAGUUAGGUAGUUAUACAAUCUGUGCCAAAUCCAUGAAGCUCGGUCAAUAUUUCCAUGUAAUCUGAAUAAUGUUAAACUGUACUUGACUUGUAUGAACUAUACAUUUAGAAUUAGGAGUGAAACAAAUAAUGAAGACAAUUCAUUCACUGACAGUAUUUUCUUUUUUUUUAAAUUAUUGACAAUGAAAAUUUGCUUGCUCACCACUUACUUUUUGACCAAAGUACAAGUAAUAAAUACAAAAAUAAAUAAAAAUGGGCACAAAAUAAAACGAUUCAUUAUUCGUGCAAAUUGAAGAUGUAAAAACGAAAUUAAAAGCGUAAGACUUGUAAUGAGUCGUCAAUCAGAAAUAACUAAAAGACAGAUAACAGGGCCGUACAGUAGGUUACCCUGGAAACUCUGACGGGAACAAAGAGUUAACAGUUACACCAACGUAAGUCACAGCAAGCAACAGGUUUGUCAUUAAAUGUCACCUCACUUCAAC